GAACACUGAAGAGUAUAACACAGGAACAGGCCAUUAGGCAAAUAAUAUUGUGCCAAAAGAGCCAAGAAGUAAAUCAAACAAACCCAAACUAUAAUCUCUCCUUCCUACACCAUGUCCAUAUCCCUCCAUUCUCCUUACAACCAUGUAAGUAUCCAAAAGUAUAGGCAGCAUGGAGUAAAUGAGCUGCUCGAGGAAUAUAAAGAAUGUGAAAUGAAUCUUAAGAAAGAAAUUAGAAAAGCUAAAAGAAGAUAUGAGGUUGCUGUGGCAAAUAAGGUGAAAAUAAAUCCAAAUAGUUUCUACAUUUAUAUUAACAGCAAAAAGAUAGUGAGGGAUAAAAUUGGUCCCUUAGAGAAUCAGAGUGGACAACUAUGUGUGGAGCCAAAAGAGAUGAGGGAGAUUUUGAACAAGUUAUUUUCUUCAGUAUUCACUAAGGAGAAGGCUAUUGAAGAGUGUAAGGUAAGGGAUACAAUUAAGGUAUUUAUGGAAGCUAUGAUGAUUGAAGAAGUACUGGCACUUUUAAAGAAUAUAUAAGUGGAUAAGUCUCUGGAUCCUGACAGGAUAUUCCCUAGGACCUUGAGUAAAAUUAGUGUAGAAAUAGUAGGGGCUCUGACAGAAAUAUUUCAAAUGUCAUUAGAAUUGGGGAUGGUGCCCGAGGAUUGGCAUCUUGCUCAUGUGAUUCCAUUUUUAAAAAGUUUUCUAAGAGUAAACCUAGCAAUUAUUGGCCUGUAAGUUUGAAGUCAGUGGUGGGUAAAUUAAUGGAAAGUAUUCUUAGAGGUGGUAUAUAUAAUAAUCUGGAUAGACAGGGUCUGAUUCGGAACAGUCAACAUGGAUCUGUGCGUGGAAGGUCAUGUUAGACAAAUCUUAUUAAAUAUUUCGAAGAGGUUACCAGGAAAGUUGACGAGGGUAAAGCAGUGGAUGUUGUCUAUUUCUACUUCAGUAAGACCUUUUUGACAAGGUUCCACGUGGAAGGUUAGGAUGUUUCAGUCGUUUGGUAUUAAUGUUGAAGUAGUAAAAUUGAUUAUACAGAGGCUGGAUGGGAGAUGCCGAAGAGUAUUGGUGGAUAACUGUUUGUCAGGUUGGAGGCCUGUGACUCGUCGAGUGCCUCAGGGAUCUGUACUGGGUUCAAUGUUGUUUGUCAUUUACAUUAAUGAUCUUGAUGAUGGGGUGGUAAAUUGGAUUAGAAAGUAUGCAGAUGAUACUAAGUUAGGUGGCGUUGUGGAUAAUGAAGUAGGUUUUCAAAGCUUGCGACAAAAUUUAGGCCAGUUAGACGAGUGGGCUGAGCGAUGGCAGUUGGAGUUUAAUGCUGAUAAGUGCGAGGCGCUACAUUUUGGUAGGAAUAAUCAAAAUAGGGCAUACAUGGUAAAUAGAAGGGCGUUGAGGAAUGCAGGAGAACAGACUGAUCUUGGUAUAAUUGUGCAUGGUUCCCUGAAAGAGGAAUCUAAUGUGGAUAGGGUGGUGAAGAAAAUUUUUGGUAUGCUGGCCUUUAUAAAUCAGAGCACUGAGUAUUGGAGUUGGGAUGUAAUGUUAAAAUUGUAUAAGGCAUUGGUAAGGCCAAAUUUGGAGUAUUGUGUACAGUUCUGGUCACAGAAUUAUAGGAAAGAUGUCAACAAAAUAGAGAGAGUAUAGAGGAGAUUUACUAGAAUGUUACCUGAGUUUCAGAACCUAAGUUACAGAGUUAGGUGUUUAUUCUUUGGAGCAUAUAAAGUUGAGGGGUACUUGACAGCGGUAUUUAAAAUUAUGAGGGGGAUGGAUAGAGUUGACGUGGAUAGGCUUUUUCCAUUGAGAGUUGGGGAGAUUCAAACAAGAGGACAUGAGUUGAGAGUUAGGAGGCAAAAGUUUAGGGGUAACACGAGGGGUAACUUCUUUACUCAGAGAGUAGUAACUGUGUGAAAUGAGCAUCCAGUAAAAGUGGUAGAGGCAGGAUUGAUAUUAUCAUUUAAAAAUAAAUAAAUGGAUAGGUAUAUGAACAGGAAAGUAAUGGAGGGUUUUGGACUGAAUGCAGUUCUGUGGGACUAGAUGACAGGAAGCAUUCGGCACAGACCAGAAGGGCCGAGACGACUUGCGUCCGUACUAUAAUUGUUAUAUGGCUAUGUGGUUACUAUUCCUCAUGUUGCUUUCCGAGGGAACAGGCAUGACAGUGAAAUUCCCACACCCAUUUCUGAUUAUGACACAGAUACACUUCCUGAUUUUUGAAGAAUAUCAUUUCUACCAUUGUCACAUUCUCUAAAGUAAAUAUGUCCACAAUCAAUGUUUUCCUACGCUCCCUAUCACAGCCGAAUACAUUGAUUGGAGACGCCCCACACGCCUGACAGAGUCAUAGAUACAUAGAAAACUUACAGCAGUGUACAGGCCCUUCGGCCCACAAUGCUGAUCCGAACUGUCCUUACUUUAGAAAUUAUUUAUGGUUACCCAUAGCCCUCUAUUUCUCUAAGCCCUAUGUAACCAUAAUACAGAACAUUAUGAACUCAUAACUUGGCUGGAGAAGUCUGAACACAGAAUCUAAGGUACUAAGUUACAUUUGUUUUCCAAAUCAGUCACGAUUGAUUUUCAUAGAUACAACUAUAUCUGACUCAAUACUAUCAAAAUGUGAUACUGAAGUUAUCAAUACUUUUCUCAUGUGGAAGGCAAUUCAACUAUGCACCAUUAUACCUAGAUCACUCUGUUCUACUGCAUUCCUCAACGCCCUACUAUUUACCAUGUAUGUCCUAUUUUGAUUAGUCCUACCAAAAUGUAGCACCUCAGACUUAUCGACAUUAAACUCCAUCUGCCAUCGCUCAGCCCACUCUUCUAACUGGCCUAAAUUUUGUCGCAAGCUUUGAAAACUACUUCAUAUCCACAACGCCACCUAUCUUAGUAUCAUCUGCAUACUUUCUAAUCCAAUUUACCACCCCAUCAUCCAGAUCAUUAAUGUAUAUGACAAACAACAUUGGACCCAGUACAGAUCCCUGAGGCACACCACGAGUCACCGGCCUCCAACCUGACAAACAGUUAUCCACCAAUACUCUCUGGCAUCUCCCAUCCAGGCGAUAUGAGAAACUUACAGGGGGAGUGGUGAGCAGAGCUAGGAAGUUGGUUAGUGAAAGAAGGCCAUGUAAGAAAGGAGAAAGGGGCUGGAGAGAGCACCAGAGGGAAGCGUAGAUGAUCUUAGUGUGGCCAUUUGUAUUUCGGUUAGACCCGACGUAGAUUGAGAGACCGUUUCACUGAGCAUUUACGCUCUGUCCGCCAGAACAAGCGGGAUCUCCCUGUGGCCACCCAUUUUAUUUCCACUUUCCAUUCCCAUUCCGGUACAUCAGUCCAAGGCUUCCUCCAAUGUCGGGAUAAGGGCACACUCAGGUUGGAGGAACAACACCUUAUGUUCCGUUUGAGUAGCCUCCAACCUGAUGGCAUCAAUAUUGAUUUCUCAAACUUCCAGUAAAGGUCCCUCUCCCCCUUCACCGUUCCCCAUGCCCUCGUACGUCUCACGUUAUCUCCUUGCCGGUCAUCGCCUGCCUCUGGUGCACACCCCCCCCCACCCUUUUUCUUUCUUCCAGGGCCGUCUGUCUGUCAAGAAUCAACUUCCUAGCUCUUUGUUUCAUCCCUUCCCCUCCAAGCUUCACCUAUCGCCUGGUAUUUGUCUCUCUCCUCCACCCUCCCCCACCUUUCAAAUCUACUCCUCAGCUUUUCUUCUCUGGUCUUGCUGAAGGGUCUCGGCUCGAAACGUCAACUGUUCCAAAGAUGCUGCCUGGCCUGCUGAAUUCCUCCGGCAUUUUGUGUGCGUUGCUUGGAUUUCCAGCAUCUGCAGAUUUCCUCUUGUUUGUGAAAUUGUAGGCCAGUUAGCCUAACCUAAGUGAUUGGUAAACAGUGCAUUAUUUUAAAUUACUAUGAUUGCACAUUGCACAUUCAGAUGGAGACGUAAUGUAAAGGUUUUUACUCCUCAUGUAUGUGAGGGAUGUAAGAAAUAAAGUCAAUUCAAUUCAAUUAUUAAUGUUCAGGUUUCGAGGUAUUUGGAGGUACUUUUCACAUUGUUUGUCAAUGAUUUAGAUAAUGGAAUUGAUGGCUUUGUGGCAAAAUUUGUUGAUGAUACUAAGAUAGGUGAAGGGGUAGUUAGUGCUGAGGAAGCAAUGCGAUUGCAGCAAGACUUAAAGAAAUUGGAAGAAUGGGCAAAAUGUGGCCCAUGGAAAGCUGUGUUGGAAAAUGUAUGACAAUACAUUUUGGAAAAAAGAAUAAUAGUGCAGACUAUUAACUAAAUCAGGAGAAUGUUUAAACAUCACGGUUUAAUGUGGCAUCAUGCUGGCACCAACGUUGUGGGCCGAAGGGCUUAUUCCUGUGCUGUUCUGUGAUCUAUGCAGGUCCUGUGACAGCUGAAAUCCUGAACCGCCUGCUACCGAAAUUCCUCGCUCUCUGCUCUCUUCUUCAGCACCCGGCCUGUAAUCGGCAUAAGUUUCAAACUUGUAUUAAAAUCACAGACCAGUAGCAUCUCCCCUUUCUCCCCUUUCCACAGACGUUGUCUGACCUGCACUCACAUCCACACUCCCGUCCUUGUACAGCUGUGCUGCAGAGGUCAGGUCAACAUGCUGCAUAACAGUGGCGGACUGGAAGGGUCUACAACGGGUAGUCAAAAUUGCCCAACGCAUCACCGGCAUCCCCAGCCUACCUUCCAUCAGGGCGUAUAUACAGAAAGGCUCCGGAAAAGGGACAGGAACUUCAGGAAGGAUCCCACCUAUCCUGCCUGUGGGCUGUUUGCCCCUCUCUCAUGAGGGAGGAAGCUACGUAGCAUCCACAGCAGGACCACCAGACUUAAAAUCGGUUAUUUUCCUCAAGCAGUAAGACUGAUCAACACCUCCAAUGACUAAGCUAAACCUCCACAACCAACAACACCCACCCCACCACCAGCACGGUUUGAAAAUUGUCUGUAGAAACCACCUGAUUUCAGAGUGACUCCUGUAUCGAGCGCUUUUAUAUUUAUUGUGUUUUUCAUUGCGUUCUUUAUCUGAGUUUUUGUUCUGCAUCAGAUUCGGAAUAACAAUUAUUUCCUUCUCCUUUACAAUUCCGUAUCUUGAAACUUGAAUCUGUUGAGUAUUUGCAACACAUACUCUUUCAGAGACACGAGACUGAAGAUCUGCCGUCUCAAACCAUUUUCUGAAAGAACAGUGAGCUGAGCAGCGUCUGUAAUGAUGGAAGAGAUGUUCAACAGAAACACAAGGAGACUCUGCGGGCACAAACUGAAACACUGAGAGUGAACACGAUCCUGAUGACGGAGAAGGUGAAGGUUUUCCAGCUGGUUGAUCAAUACACUGAGCUCACGGUCAUUUCUACUGUUCGAGAUCGGAGACUGGUGGAACAUGAGCUGCUGGAAAGAGGCAGAGACCACGAGGAGUGGAGAGAAAAACAUCUCCGUGGUAAGCUGGAAAAAAUCCGGACUGAUCAGCUGUUCCAGAGCAGCUUUUCCCGGAGUAACUCUGAAUCUGGGAAUUCGGCAGCAGUUGCUGGAGACCCAGGGAUCGGGAAAACCACAAUGGUACAAAAGAUUGUUUAUGACUGGGUCACGGGGAAAAUAUAUCAACAAUUCCAGUUUGUCUUCAGUUUCAAAUUCCGGGGUUUAAACUUCAUUAACCACAGAAUAAACCUGACAGAACUCAUUCUGGAUCAGUAUCCUUACUUUGCAAAUAUCCUGAGAGAGGUCUGGAAGAACCCAGAGGGAUUGCUGUUUAUAUUCGAUGGUUUGGAUGAAUUCAAUGACGCAAUUGAUUUUGCUGACAGUCGGAGAGAUACAGAAACUUGGUCCACAUGCACAGAUCCUGAAUUCAAGUGCAAGGUGUCUGAUAUUGUGUACAGUUUAAUCCAGGGCAAGCUGCUCCCAGGGUGUUCAGUGCUGGUGACCACCCGCCCCACUGCGUUACAUUUAUUGAAAAAGACUGAGAUCAGUGUCAGGGCUGAAAUCCUGGGAUUUUCUGGUGAGGAACGGAAGAAAUAUUUCUUCAGGUAUUUUGAAGAUCAGACGGUGGCAGCAGCUGUUUUCAGACAUGUGAAGGAGAACGAGAUCCUGUACAGCAUGAGCUACAACCCCUCCUACUGCUCGAUCCUUGCUCUGGCACUGGGCCCCUUCUUCACACCAAAUGUCAGGGACCCGCAGCGAGUGCCCAAGACCAUCACCCAACUGUACUCCUACUAUAUUUACAACAUCCUGAAAAACCACAGCCGUGAGAUUGAGAACCCCCGUGAUAUGUUACUCAGGGUUGGUCAGAUGGCCUUCAGAGGAGUGUCCGAGAAGAAGAUUGUGUUUACAGAUGGGGAUUUGAUCAACUACAAUCUGCAGCCUUCCCAGUUCCUGUCCGGGUUCCUGAUGGAGCUUUUGGAGAGAGAGGAUUCUGCCCGGAAUGUGGUGUACACAUUCCCACACCUCACCAUCCAAGAGUUUGUAGCUGCAGUCGCACAAUUCCUGAAUCCACAUCCCGGGGAUAUCUUGAAAUUCCUCACUGGAGCCCACAAUACCACAGAUGGGCGAUUUGAAGUAUUUCUCCGUUUUGUUGCUGGACUCUCCAACCCAAAGACAGCUCGGGGCCUGGAGGAGUUUCUGGGUCCAUUUCCUCAUCAAACAACCUGCCGGGUGAUUGACUGGGUGAAGGAGGAGGUUAUACGCCAGAUAAAUAUCUCUGCUGGUGAAGAUGAUACAAGGAACCUCCUGAACACAUUGCACUACCUGUUUGAGUCUCAGAAUACUGGACUGGCUCGAGGCACACUGGGAUCUGUGGAAAAACUUUCAUUCAGUGAAAUGCCACUGUCCCCGAUUGACUGCGGGAUCCUGUCUCAUGUCAUCGGAUUCUGUGAUACAAUAAAACACCUCUGUUUUUGGAACUGCCGUAUUCAGUUUGAAGGAAUACAGCGGCUGGGAUCCGGGCUACACAAGUGCCAGGAGUUGAGACUUGGGAGUAAUGACCUGGGAGAUUCAGGAGUGAAACUGGUGUCUGCGGCUCUGAGGAACCCAGAGUGUAAAAUACAGAAACUGCGGCUGAACGAUGUUGGCCUCACAGGUUCUGGUGCCGAGGAUCUCGCCUCCACUCUCAGUGCAAACCGUACACUUACAGAGCUGAACCUGAGUGUUAAUAAACUGGAAGAUUCAGGAGUGAAACUGGUGUCUGCGGCUCUGAGGAACCCGGAGUGUAAAAUACAGAAACUGUGGCUGUGGAAAGUUGGUCUCACGGAUUCUGGUGCCGAGGAUCUUGUCUCGGCUCUCAGUACAAACCAAUCACUGACGGAGCUGGACCUGAGAUUAAACUCGCUAACGGACCGAUCUGUCCCUGCUCUCCGUCGCCUGAUACUGUCCGUCCAAAGUCUGGCCUAUAUUGAGCUGUGGAGAAAUCACUUCAGUGAGACUGGGGAGAUGGAACUGAGAUCUCUGCAGGAAGUUAGACCCGGACUGACAGUGAACCUGUGAACAUCUGAAUGAGUGAACAUCCCCGCUCAAGGGAUGGGGACAUUUUGGUCGAUUCCUCACCAUCCCCUUUAAUGACAACACUCCGGGUUUAAUUCCCAAUGGUUCUAACGGGUCACGUUUCCAACCAAGCACUCUGUGAUGUCGGAGGUGUUUCCGCAGGCAUGUAAUUUCCCUUUGUGACCAGCGGCGCUAUUUCUGCUGGAUGUCCCGGUCUGAGAGUUCAUUUAAGUGAGACCUUGGGGAAAUACACAGAUAGAAGAGGCGGGGCUCAGUCUGGGACACCGGUGUCUGGGGUGGGAUUAUCCUGAGAGAGAACACUAUUGCUCACUAUGCUGAGGAAAAUACAUUUAGGAGUCUGUCCGAAAUUACGAUGUUAAAUGAGUAAGUACCUUGGUAGCGACCCUGGAACUGCAGCGAUCUCGGACACUGUCCUGAAAUGUGAUUUUAUAACCAUCGGUUUCCUGAAGCGGAGUGAUAGUGAGAAACGGGACUGAUGAUUCAAUCUGUUUACUCGUUGUUACUGGUGUGUGACUCUCAGUUAAUUGUGUGUGACUCUGAGUGAAUCAGGAAUAGCUUAUUUAUUUCCGCAA